GCCGUCGGCGGGAGGCCGCCUCGGUUUUAGCGGGACUAGGGCGGUGUCUCUGGGUUAAGGCGGAGGGAGAGCCCUGGCUGGGCGGGCACCCCAGGCUUAAGGGGCAGGGUUUGGGCUCUCACUUGUGGGUUGGGAGUUGGAGCUUGGGGCUGUGGUGGGGUCAGACCCUCAACCGGGAGGGAACGGCCGCUCCAGGAACUUCCCCGCACCCCGCACCCCUUCCCCAACCCCACCCCGCUCUGGAAUGUAGGUCUCCUGACAUCCACUUCUUUGCUUGCUCUCUCCUCUGAAAUGCAGUUUCCCCAGAGGCUUUUUUAUUUUGCAGGUACGUUUUUUGAAGCGUGUUCUCUAAGGAGCUGUGCAAUUGGUUCCCGACGUCCUGUGGGCUCUGAAGAGCACCUCCAGCUGGUCAGACAGGGUUCCCAUAAAGACCGUCUUGACUCCUCAGGGCCCCUCGCUUUUUCAGCUCUGCCUUCUCAGGCCUCUCGUGUCCUAGACAAGAUGGCAUUAAGAAGGAAGACCUGACUACCUUCUUGUCUUUGAGGGAAGAAAUGUUGUCUUCUCCUUAAUCCUGGAUACUAUAUCCAAAGUCAAAACAUCAACUCCAAAACAGAAAUCUUCUGAAAAAGGAUAAUGUCAUGGCUUGAUGUUAGACAUUUUUCUAAAUGACGAUUCCUAAAACUUUGCAUUAGAAGAAUUGGAAUUUGAUAGCAAGCUUGAGAAUGCUAUUAAAACUGAAUUACAAGGACACUCAAUUAAAGAAGAAGAUCAUUAAUAAUUUUGAGGAAGUAUUUAAGCUGAGCUCAAUUCUUUUUAAACAACUAGCAGUUUCUAAAGACAAUUAUGACAUAAAUGAUAGAGGCUUAAAGCAUAGUUCUGUGGCAGUUGUUUUUUUUUUAAAGGCAGCUCAUAAGUGGAAAAUAAUUUCUUACAUAUAAGAAGGGAUGCAUUUUUAUCUAAAAUCUUACUUAUUCUGGAAACAAUUUAAAUAUAAAGCCAUAGUUCAGUACUAAUGGAACCUGAGAAAAUUGGUAUGAGAGAGAAGCAGGAAUGUAAACUAUGUGGUAAAUCCUUCAGCCAGAACACUAAUCUUAUUCAGCAUCAAAGAAUACAUACUGGGGAGGAACCUUAUGGAUGUAAUGAAUGUGGAAAAGUUUAGAGCACUAAUUUUAUUCAACAUCAAAGAGUCCAUACAGGGGAGAAACCUUAUGAAUGUAAUGAAUGUGAAAAAACCUUUAGUCAUAGGUCAUCCCUUAGAAAUCAUGAGUGAAUUCAUACUGGAGAAAAACCCUAUAAAUGUAAUGAAUGUGGAAAAGCCUUCAGUCAUACCCCAGCCUUCAUUCAAUAUCAGAGAAUUCAUACUGGAGAGAAACCCUAUGAAUGUAAUGAAUGUGGAAAGGCCUUCAAUCGGAGCACACAUCUUACUGAACACCAGAGAACUCAUACUGGAGAAAAACCGUAUGUUUGUAAGGAAUGUGGGAAAACCUUCAGCCGGAGCACACAGCUUACUGAACAUCUAAAAAUUCAUUCUGGUGAGAAACCUUAUCGAUGUAAUCUGUGUCAAAAACUCUUUUGCUAUAGAACAUCACUAAUUCGACAUCAGAGAACUCAUACAGGAGAGAAACCCUACCAAUGUAAUGAAUGUGGGAAAUCUUUCAGCUUAAGCUCCACCCUUACUAAACAUAAGCAAACACACACAGGGGAGAAACCUUAUCGAUGUAGUAAAUGUAGUGAUGUUUUCUAUCAUAGUACAUCUUUAAUCCAACAUCAAAGAACUCAUUUUAGAAAUGGAAUCCUAUCAGAGUAAUGAAUGUGGGGAAGCCUGCUAUACCUAAACACUCAGUGGUAAGAAACUCUAGGAUUGUUAUGCAAGAAAAGCUUUGGGCAAAAUGCUCAUUUUGUUUGUA